AAUAGUACCGCUGGUGAAGUCAGUCUCAGUUUUAUACUGGAUCACAUCAAGCCAAGGAGCUCUGAGCCAAAAUAAAUACAGGAAUUUAUAAAUACAGGGAUGCACAGUGUGGAGUUUAGUAUAGUUAUGUCAGUUUAAUAAUUUUUGAUUCGAUUUUGCUUUCAUGUUCAGUUUCCAUCUCCGUGAAUGAUAAGGCGUGGACACCGGGACAUGACGUUUCCACCGAGAAAUCGAAACUUAAACGCGGCUGAAUCUGAGUGCGCGGUCACGGAAACGUGGAAGCAAAGCGACAAAGACAUACUAUUAUGCUCACUUUGUGACCUGUCGCUGCUCUGCGCAGUUUUAAAUUCCUACUUAAAUUCCUUUUGUUGUUGUUGUUGGGAACUGGGAGACCAUGUAGGAGUGAGGAUUGGAGGUGAGACCGGUGCGACUUGGCUCUAAAGGUCAUUACCACUGACAUUCAAAUUUACCACCACUCCUAAAGAGUAAAGUGCCGGCGGGGAGGAAACAAAACAGCGGAAAAUACUCUGCUGUGUUGGAGAUGGAGCAACCGGCCCCAGCUGAUUCUACAGAGAAUGCAGCUGCAUCACUUCUUCAAACAAAUAUUCCUGACUAUGUAAGCUGGCUCUAUGAGUAUGGUCACAAGAAAAAGAUCCUCAUAAAGGCUAAGGAGUCGAUACAUUUUGGCAAAAAUCCACGAUGCUGUAGUUUUGUGGUUGGUGAGAAGGAGUAUCCAUCUGCCGUUGGGAAAAAUAAAAAGGAAGCUAAGGAGGAAGCGGCCAAGCUAGUAUAUCAGAGCUUGGGUGUGACAUAUAAACAUCACAAACCAACAAAUUUCGUUGGAAUCGUUAACAACUACUGUCAGAAAACAGGCCGAACUCUUGAUUUCAUUAAACUGAAAGAACCACCAAAUUACCCUCAGUUUUCCUACAAAUUUGUGAUCAACAAUAAGGACUACCCGGAGGGUGAAGGUGAAACUGCAAUGGAAGCCAAACAAAAGGCAGCUCAGCUGGCCUGGUCUGCUCUUCAGGAACAAUCAGACUGGGACAGCAAGGUAUCCUUCAGGUCAACCAUGUCUGAAGACAGUGUAAUGUCAUCACCAGCAGCCAUACUGGAGUCCCCUGAGGCAUUGUCAGAAGUCACAACGCGGAGUGAAAGUGAAUCAGUAAUAUUCACCGAGUCAUUGAACCUGUCUGAGAAGGUGUCCCUCAUGUCAACUUCAUCUGUAGACAUUCCACCAACCAGGCUGUCAACACCUUCACUGGAGUCUCUUGAAGCAUCAUCAAAAAGCAUGCCAACAAGUACGAGUGACUCUGUAAUCUUCACUGAUUCGUCACACCCUUCCAUGGAACAGGAUGCUAACAAAAACAAAAUAACGGACAACAAACCAAGUGAAACAUCACUCCAAUCACAGUUUACGUCAGGCUUUGAUUCCAUUGAAUGUCUCGCUAAAGGAGGCUAUGGUCAUGUUUACAAAGCAAGAGAUAAACUGGUGAACAAGUAUUAUGCUGUAAAGAUAGUUCGCAAUAAAGAAAAAGCUUUAAGGGAGGUGGGGGCAUUAUCAGACCUCGACCACUCCAACAUUGUUAGAUACUACACAUGUUGGCUGGAGGAUUCAGAAUACCUGUGGGACAAUACAACUGACAGUUGCAGUACUUCCCAGUCUAAUGGUAAUUCAUCACAAAAGUACCUCUAUAUUAAGAUGGAGCUAUGUGACAGCAAAACACUCAAAGACUGGAUAAAUGAGAGGAAUGAGAAAACUCUGCAAGAGCCUAUGAGAAGAGCAGAAACUCUCCUCAUUAUCCAGCAAAUAGUCAGUGGCGUGGAAUGCAUUCACUCCCACAAACUCAUCCACAGGGACCUUAAGCCUACAAACAUCAUGUUUGGAAAGGAUGGGAAAGUGAAGAUUGGAGAUUUUGGUCUAGUUGCUGCUGAGACUGACGAUGAUGAUGAAAAUCAGACUGAGAGAACGGGGAAAACGGGAACAAAAUCUUACAUGGCUCCCGAACAGAGGACCAAAAAGCGAUAUGGCCGCAAAGUGGACAUAUUUGCUCUGGGACUGAUCUAUUUUGAACUCCUUUGGCACAUCUCUUCUGGGCAUGAAAGAUCAAAGAUUUUCACAGAUGUCAGAAAGCAAAUUCUCCCUGAAGAAUUUUCAAAGAAGUUUCCUGAAGAGAACAAGAUAAUCAUGUCAAUGCUGUGUGAGACGCCAGAAAACCGACCUGAAGCGAGCGCACAGAAGGCAGAGCUGGAAAAGUGGGCUCAGACAUUCAAAUCACAAUAUGUGCAUCCAGAAAGUUUAACUGGUUAAUCAGCACUUACUAAUCUUAUCUUUUGUUUGUCUGUAUUUUCAUACAUGUAUUUGAUGUUCUGCUGUAUAUCUAAAGCAGUGGCGUGCAGUCACUUUUUACAGGAAGUAAAGUAAGGAUCAUGAACUGUGGGAAUAAAAUAUUUAAACUGAUGCCAUAUUACAGCCUUUGCUUUGUAAUAAAUGGGAUGCUGAGGAAAAUAAAGUAAUGACCAAACAUGGUGUAAAGUUCAUUUACCUUCUGUACAGUUGCUUUUUGUAUUUUACUGUAUAAUUUGGGAAUUUUAGGGUCUGGUUCUAGAAAGCUAGUACUGUAAUGAUUUACUUGUGCUUUACAAUAAAAAUCAGUCUG